AUGGCGUCGCAGAUGUCGAAUGUCGAGAUAACUGUCGGCCUGACGGGCAGUUCCUGCUCCGGCGCCCCAGGUAGCCUCAGCAACAUCCACGAAAGCGCAACGCGGAUCCAAUUCCUUUUCACUGGUACAUCAACUAUGGAUACGACUAUUGAGGCCGCCCAGAGCGGAGACCUGCCUACAAAGCCAUCUCUGCCUCCCAAACCCAGUUUCACUCCCAAACCAUUCUCUCUGCAAAAAAAUAGGACAAUUCGCUCCAUCAAAGCUCCAAAGACUGUUUCCAAAACCGCUCCUACACCUACGUCAGAAACAAGUCAGACCAAAAACUUAGAGACAAAAAGUUCCCCGACCACCACUGUAACUACCCCUACUAAAAAACUGCCUCAACCCAUCAGUUCUCCAGAAACCGCUCUCAAAACCGCUCCUACAGCUAAGCCAGAAACAAGUCAGACCAAAAAAUCAGAGACAAAAAGUCCCUUGACCACUACCUUGACCAUCCCUACUGAGGAACUGUCUCAGCCUAUCAGUUCUUCAGAGACUGCUCCCAAAACUGCUCCUACACUUAAGUCUGAAACAAAUCAGAUAAAAAAAACAGAAACAAUAACUCCCACAACCACCAAAGUGAGCAUCCCUACUGAGGAACUGUCUCAGCCUAUCAGUUCUCCAGAGACUGCUCUCAAAACUGCUCCUACAGCUGUGCCAGAAACAAGUCAGACCAAAAAAUCAGAGACAAGAAGUCCCCAGACCACUGCUGUGACCUUCCCUACAGAGGAACUGUCUCAACCCAUCAGUUCUUUAGAGACUGUUCCCAAAACAGCCCCUACACUUAAGUCUGAAACAAAUCAGAUUGAACAAUCAGAGACAGAAAAUCCUACUGCUGUGACCAUCCCUGCUAAAAAACUGCCUCAACCCACUUCAGCCUCAGGUACCAAACCACAGCCUGCAAGUGUGCUGCCUAAAUCUCAACCAGAAGCAUCGAAAACAAGUGAAGCACUUCAACAGAUUGAGAACCGUCUUGGUUCUGAGACAGCUGCUCUGGAUCCAGCCACCGAAACAACUCCAACUAAAGAGGAACCCAAGUCAGAACCGGCGCAGAAGGACACCAUCCAAACAAACCACAAACCACCCACCAUUGCUGUUGCUAGCUCAGAGCAGAAAGAUGGAGAGGAGAAGCAAAGUGACACUCCAGUUUCUGUCAGCCAAAAUAUGGAAGAGUCAAGCAGCAACGGUUCCUCCACAAACGAUUCAUUUUACCAGCGGGGAAGCGUAAGGAAGCGUCUGCCUAAGACGCUCACCUCAAAGUUUGAGUCAGGCGGGAUCCCUUUGCCCCGUCAGUCUUUCAGGGCCAUUCCCAAACCCAUCACCAAAGACGAAUCCAAUAAACCAGAAUCUUCUGACACGCAGCAUGUUCACGCAACACCAGAGCCUGCGAUCAAAGAGAGUGAUACUGAUCCAGUGGAUUUUACCAGCGGGAACAGCAUUAAGAAGAGAAUCAGUCUCCUGUUUGACUCUGUGUCAAAGACGGAGGUCACGACCAAGAGAGAGGAGCCAGAAAUAACAAAUGGGAUCGGAGGUGUGAAGGAGCAGAUCAAAAACUGGGCGUCAGAAACCGUUCCAGAGGAUCAGAAGGCCGAGACGAGUCCUCAGGCUGCAGACGGAGUUUGCUCCAAGGGGUUGACACCGGAAACACCAAGAGUGGAAGUUCCUGCAGUGGAAGAGACACCCACCCAGCCAGUGGACUCACGUUCAACAGUAUCCUCAUCCACAGGGAGUCAAAUUGAACCACCAAAGGAGGAACCAUUCAAAGAUAAACCCUUAGAGAAUGCAACAGAGACUACAGCAGAGACUGACAAAUCAAAGGAAGAUGAUGUCCAGGUGCAGAGCAACCACAUGGCUGCUGCUGAUGAGAAAAACUUGGCCGAACUGAAGAGGAAGAAGAUGAAGAAUCGUCGCUCUGUACGCUUCGGAACUGUGGUGGCAGAUGACGGUACACCUCCAGUGGUGCUGGGCCCGGAGCCUGAAUCCAGUGAAGAUGAAAAACAAGAAGAGAAUGCUGAGGUUGAAAGCAAGGGAAAAGGGGAGGACAGCGUUUCGAUGCCCGUCUACAAAAGAGUCGGCAUACUCCAGAGGAAGGACGACGAGACCCAAAGUCAAGAAACUCUGAAGCACCAGCAGAAGGAGGAGGAGAGUGAACAUCCAAGAUCUAAGAUGGAAGAAGAGUUAAAACAAAUAAAAGAUGAAGAAGCAAGGGAGAAAGAGAAGGCAAGAGAGGAUGAAUUGGAGAGAAAACGGUUAGAGGAAGAAAGAAGAGAAAUAGAAAGACUUAGAGAACAGGUUGAAAAAGAAAGGCAAAUGGAGCUGCUGAGACAAAAACAGGUAGAGGAGGAAAGAGAGAGGGAAAGAGUGAGGCUGGAGGAAGAGCAGAGGAAAGAGGCAAGAAUGAGGGAAGAAAGAGAGAGACAGUGGCAGAAAGAUGAGGAGGAACGACUGAAAUUGGAAGAAGAAAAAAGACAGAAGGAAAAAGAGGAGAGAAAAAGAAGAGAACUUGAGGAGCAAAGACAGAAGGAGCUGAAAGAUGAAGAGGAAAGACUAAAAUUGGAAGAAGAUCAAAGACAGAAGCAAAAGGAGGAGAGAAGAAAAUAUGAGCAAAGAUUGAUGGAGCUGGAGAGGAUGAGAAAGGAAGAAGAGGAGAAACUCAGACAAGAAGAGCUGGAAAAAGAAAAGUUAAGACAGGAGCUGGAGAGGGAGCAAGUCAGAAGGCAGGAAGAGAAGGAGAGGCUGAGACAGGAGGAUGAGGAGAGAAAAAGGAGAGAGCUGGAGAGGAAGAUGCAGCAAGAUAAAGAGAAAGAGGAGGAGAGGCUGAGACAGGAGGAUGAGGAGAGAAAAAGGAGAGAGCUGGAGAGGAAGAUGCAGCAAGAAAAAGAGAAAGAGGAGGAGAGGAAGAGAAAAGAGGAAAUAAAGUUACAGGUGGAGAAAGAAAGGGCAGAAGAGCUGAAGAAAAAGAUGGAAGAGAGUCAACCAAGAACAGAGAAUGACAAAAGAGAGGAAAAGCUAAUCAAUUUUGAUGCAGAAGAGCCUCCAGCUUCCCCCUCUUCACACGUCUCAAAGAACACAGAGGGCCUCAGCGAUGUCGUUUAUGAUGACUUCUCGAUCCAGAACCCUGUGCUCGACGUAGACUUUGAUGACUUUUCUGUCAAACCCAGGAGACGGACUUUCCAGCCUAGGCGGGAAACUGCUCCCAUCAGCAGCGACUGGAGAGUUGAACCUUUGAGGAAAGACAACCUACUGGUGUCCUUCAACAGCGAACCUCAAGAAACUCAGCAAGAAAACGAACCAAAGCAACCAGAAACACUGUUGGCUCCCACCCCAGCCCCAGAGAGCCCAGAGGAAGACAAGGUUAAGAGGUUGUUGGCAGAGUUUGGUGUGAAGGAAGAGGCAGAUGAAGAGGCAGAGAACCCGGUGGCAGACCAGCCUGUAGAGAUGAAGGAGGAGCAGGAGAUGGAGAAUGGGGCAGAAAUGAAAGACAAGGGUGAAGAAAAGGACAACAAAGAGCCACAGGUUAACAGCUACAUCACAAAUGAUGAGGACAAACUCAUUCGGACUUUGUUGCACAAUGAGCAGGAUGGGAUUUCUGAACAAACGUCCGGCCCUGACAGUCCAACUCCUGUCCCUGACCCAGACCCUGAUGCCUCUGAAGAUCUGGAUGAUACCGAUUCUCAAAGAGAGUUGGAUUUAGAUGCAGUCUGUGAGAACUCUGCCCCUCUGCUUGACAACAGCUCACAAAAAUCAAAAGCAGUUUUAGGAAGGAGGCUAACACGAACACGUCCAUCUCGCUCUCUCAGAUUAAUGUCGGCUGAAGCUGCCAGAGUACAAUCGAGUGUCUAUAAUGAUGAAAAAGACAAUCAGUCAGACUCAGUAGAGGAACCACCUAAAUCAAAGCCAGUUUAUUCUUCUCCGCCAUCUAUUCAGAAGGUUCCCAUGUUUCCAGGACUGAGCCCCGCAGAUCUACUUAUUGGACUAAAAAAGAAAACCGGUGGCGUGGCAGCUGAAGCAGAAGAGGGAUCAGCAGAAGACAGAGGAGAACAAGAGACCGAAAGUCAAAAUAAGAAAGUCGCUCCAUCUCCAUCAGAGGUCUCAGGAUCUCCUCGCGUGGCGGCUCAUCUCGUAGGAGCUACACGAGUGCUGCCCCCUGCAGUCAGUAAAGACGGAGGGCUUUGGCCUAAGAAGCGGAUGACUCAGCAGAAUGGUGAAACUUAACCAGACAUAAGAGACACAACUUUCACACUCUUCAGCGGGAAUUGGAUCAUUUCAGCUCCUUGCUGAUGGCAGAUAUAAUGAUGAUUGCUCCAUUCUGCACUUUGAGUGCCUUACUUUGGAUCUUUCCUGAGAGAAAAGAAAUUGUGCUUUUUUUCUGGACACAGAGGCAACAUUGACCUUUUGUAUGUUAUAAAUGGAAUAUGGUGCCAUGGCUGUGCGCAGAGGCUGUUGAAUGUUACUGCCAAGUAAAUAUUUCUCCAAGCACAGACUCUGAGAGCUCUGUGGAUGUUUGAGUGUACUUUAGUGCAAAGCCAUUCUGUGUCUUAAUCUGUGAAUGUGAAAUCCAUCAUAGAGGCACUACACCUCAUCAGAAUACUGAUUAUGCUUAUUACAAUAAGGCACUUUUCAGUCUUUUUACCUAAUCUAACAUGUACCACUAACUCUCUUUACAGGAAAUCUACUACUAAAUCCAAUGCUUUAACUGUUACGGACCCCCUCAGAAGACGUGCAGGUCCAGACAUAAAUCCUUACACUUACUAUAAACAUCCUCACACAACAUAGAUACUAAGACACAAAUGGCAAAAGCAUAGAAAUGUACAGAAUCACUAAGUGGAUGUGUGUUUUUAGUUUAAGUUGCACAGAUUAUUUUUAUAUCCUAUCACAAUUCUUCUCAAGGAAAGUUUGAAGCACUUUAACAAAAUAUUACCAUAUUUGCACCCAUGCAAUAGAAUUUGAGCAAUAGCGAAAUCAUGUUUGAAUUUAUUUUUGCAGAGAAUUUAGUUUUUCUUGUGUUUUGUUACAACAUUGUCAGUUUCACAUUCUGUAGUUCUAUUUCUUUCUCUGGGGACAAUAACAGAUUCAGGAAGUGUGUAUGUUAUAUGUGUAUGUAUGUGUUCAGGAUUGUAAAACUUAGAAAACCAUGUGCCUUUUUUUACUACUGGAAAAUUGUGACCAUUUUGGUCUUCAUAGUGUAUGUUCAAUGGAAAAUUGAGGGAACUUUAAUAAAAGUUUUUCUUUUCUAUGAAA